AUGGCGAUGAAGGUUUCGGCGUCGGACGGGGUAAAGGUGUACCACGUGACCUCUGGCAAGGCGCUGCCUGCGUGGCUGUCAGAGGCGAAGAAGCGGGCGCUGCGCAGGGAUGAGGAGUACCGGCGCCGAUUGGAGCUGCUGCAGUCGUUUGGCUUCCCCUCGGCGUGCCAGCGGCUCAAGGCUACGCCCGAUGGGCAGUACAUAUUCGCCACGGGCUACCACCCGCCAAUGCUCAAGGUGUAUGAUCUGGCCAAUCUUGCCAUGAAGUUUGACCGCCACAUGGACUCGGAGGUGGUCGACUUCACCAUCCUAUCAGAGGACUACUCCAAGGCGGCGUUCCUGUGCGCAGACCGCACCGUCUCGUUCCACGCGCGGUUCGGAGGCUACUACAAGGCAAGGGCGCCCGCGCACCGCGCCUUUGCACUGAACGGGUCAACGCGUGGGACGCGUGCUGGCAGCGGUACAGCUCAGCAGCUCAAGGGUGUGCGCACCCCGCGGCAGGGGCGCGACCUGGCUUAUGCGCCGCACCUGGCUGAGCUGGUGGUGGCGGGCAGCGCCAGCGAGCUGUGGCGCAUCAGCCUGGAGGAGGGGCGCUUCAUGACGCCGCUGGCCUGCAGGGCGCCGGGCGUCAACGCGUGCGGCGUGAGCCCCGUGCACGGCCUCUUCGCCGCAGGCGGCGAGGACGGCACCCUCGAAUGCUUCGACCUCCGCGCCCGCGCCGCCGCCGGCCGCCUCGACGCCGCCGCCGCCGCCGGCGCGCCGGGGGAGGCGCUGACCGCAGUCCGCUUCGACGGCGCGGGCAUGCAGGCGGCGGUGGGCACCUCCAACGGGCUGGUCGCGAUCUUUGACCUGAGGAGCAGCAGGCCGCUGCUGGUUAAAGACCACAUGUAUGGGGACCCCAUAAGGGACAUCAAGUGGCACGUCAGCGGCGCGGGCGGCGCGGGCGGCGCCCUGGCCGCGCGGCGCGUGGUGUCGUCAGACUGCCACGCUGUCAAGAUAUGGGACGCGUCCACAGGGGAGGGCUACACCAGCAUAGAGCCGCCUGAUGGUGACAUCAACGACGUCCUGCUGUGGCCAGACUCGGGGCUCAUCAUGAUCGGCGGCGACACGCCGCGGGUGAGGGCGGGGUGA